UCAGUGAUGUUUUGAAUAACCGCGCCUUAACAAUCGGUAGGGGCGGCGAGAGUCGGAGAGUUAGGUGAAACGUGAUUGGGGAACCCUUCAGGUGGUAGGGCGCUCCAGUCGAGUAGCACUUCGCUGCGUAUGUUUAAUCUUGCGAGACACUCAGAUCUGAUUUAUUUGAGAAGAUGCAGAACUCUAAACUCCAGAUAUCGUUAUCGAACGCUUCGAAAAUAUACUUUCCAGGGCAAGUUGUACGCGGUGAAGUGGAGCUAUACUUAAAUGAACCGCUGAGCUUCUCAGUCAUUAUAACAUCUAUUUCUGGAAUUGCCACCAUUAAAACACAUGGUACAGAAGGUAGCCCUCAACGGAAUAAACGAGUUCGAGUAUACUUUGAAAAGGUUUUCCAGUUCUGCAGCCUCUCUGAUGGAGUAAACAAUAAAAAUCCACUUUGGAAUGAAGGAUCACAUAAAUAUAAUUUUACAUACAAGCUUCCAAAAGGCAUCCCAUCCUCAUUUGAAUCUCCUGAUGGCCAUGUGAGGUACAAAAUUUGUGCCUUUGUUGAUGCUGCCGAGACACAGAACCAAAACUUGACAGAUAUGAGAUUCUUUUGUGUCAACAGUGUCUUAAAUUUAAAUGGAAUCAACAAAAUAUCGAGCCCAAAAACAGUUUUCAAACAUGACGAACUGUCUUGUUUAUGUAUACGUUUUCGAACUGUUUCUGUGGUUCUUAGUCUAAUGAAAAGAGGCUUCGUGCCUGGAGAAAAUAUUGUAAUAAAUGCAGUUGUUUAUAAUGGAACUAGCAGUGUAAUUCCACGUGUUGAAGCUAAACUGGUACAGAGAGUGAAAUAUAAUUUCAAGAAUUAUUCAACUGAACUGAAGGGCACAGUAGCAGAAAUUGUUAGAGGGCCAGUUAUGCCCUCUGAAUCCCAAAUAUGGCGAAAUGAGAAACUUCUUAUUCCACCAGUUGUAACUUCUCAGUUGCUGUGUGGGAACCUCAUUAAUGUUGAUUACAAGAUGUGUUUCACAGCAGUCCAAGUGUCUCAAGUGGAAAAUGUUGCUAUAAAGAUUCCUGUCAUUAUUGGAAAUGUUCCUUUGCUGAAUGAUGCAAAAUCCUUUAAUACAGGAUCAGGUGAUCCACCUAUGGCUGUUCAUAGUUUGCCAAUGCCAAAUAACGAGCCUUGCCACUUUGGUCCCUACAACAUUGUUGAUUACUGUGGUCCACUCAAGUAUUCAACAAAUUAUAUUCCAAAAUAUUCCACUUAUUCUAUGGCGAAUGUCUGCUAUGAAGAAACUCCUGUCUAGAAAAUGGCAAUUGGUGAAUUUUGAAUACAAAAAGAAAGUCAAGUGUAAAAAUUCUUGAUCUGAUUCAAAUGCCAUAGUUGGUGUAACACAGUAAUUAUUGUCAGUGGUACCACAGUGGAAUGAAACAUUGACAUGCUGAAGAUUAAUGUGAUUAUUUUCAGUUGUAGUAUGAUAGCUCCUAGUGUUUUGUUACAAAUGAUGCAGCAACUGUAGUCUUUAUGUGCAAUAUAUUGUCAAGUGUAAUAGCACCAGAAACAAUUGUUGCAAAUGAUACAAUUCUAUUCUAGUUAUAUAUCACCUAUUACACAUAUAUCGUAUGAGCCAAGAGCUGUUCCAUCUGUCACCUAACACAUACAUUUUCACUUUCAACAACUCUUGUAAUGUCAGUAAACAUUGAGUUUCUAGUUAAUCCUUGUCAUCAUCAUUUCAGUUAUUUGUUAAGUAUUAAUAGUAAUCCUUAUAAUAUUGCCAUUUGAGUGAUUGAUUACUGCAUGUAAAUAUAUGUUAAUGUGCUUUUUUUUUAAGUAGUAAUUUUGAAUGCCAUGUGAACUUGUCUUGGAAAUGUUUAAUUAGACUAAAAGUCUUGCACUGAAGCUAUGCUUCUGCAUUUUUAUUGGUUGCUGUAGUUGAACAUUGUACCACUUGUGACUUCCCGAGUUAAAAUAAAUUCACUUAUAAAUGUUUA